CAAGAUAAACUAAUAUCUGUAACAUGGGACGAUGGUAAAACUACAAAUUAUCCCCAUAUCUAUCUUCGCGAUAAUUGUCGUUGUUCGUCUUGCUUCGAUCCUCAAACUCAACAACGUUCUAUCUCGAAUGCUGUAUAUCACAACUAUGCUAAUGCAACAAUAAAGACAGCCCGAGUAGACGAUAAAAACGAUAAAUUAUACUUAGAAUGGAUAAACGAUGGCGAACAUACAACUAGUAAUUUUGAAUUAGAUUGGUUAAAAGCUCAUCGAUCUAUCACUUAUGAUGAUAUUGAAGUUAAUCCAGUUACCAAACAGCUAUGGGGUAGCGAAAUGAAAAACAAUUUACCACAAUUCGAUUAUAAUAAAAUAUUAAAUGACGAUUCAGAAUUACAUCGAUGGGUGCGUUGUAUGUUAAAAGUAGGCAUUUCAUUGCUCGUCGGUUUACCAGAAGACAUCGGUCAAGUCAAAAAGUUCGUCAAUAGGGUAGCAUAUCUUCGCAAGACAUGCUAUGGAUCUACGUUCAAAAUACAUACUGAUAAAGGUGAUGAUCUAACGACUAUUGCCUAUAAAAAUGGAGGACUAGCUAUGCACACUGAUCUUGUGUAUUAUGAAAGCGUUCCAGGGAUCCUUUUACUGCACUGUUUAAGACCAGCUAAACAGGGAGGUGAAAAUCAAGUCGCUGACGGAUUCAAGGCUGCUGAACAAUUAAAGGCCAGUCAUCCUGAAUAUUUUGAUAUACUUACAAAAUAUGCCAUCCGAUAUCAAGAUGAAGGAACAGAUGUCGGUCUUUCCAAUUUCAAUCAGAUAGCUUAUCAUCCCGUUAUAAGAUUGAACUAUAAUGGAGACAUCAAACAGAUUGCCUAUGCUGAUCAUGCACGAUGCUCAAAACUAAUUGCACCUAGUGAUAAAGUUUUAAGCUUUUAUAACGCUAUGACUCAGUUUCUGCAAUAUGCAUACGAUCCCGCUAAUAUGGUGCAAUUUAAGUUACAAUCUGGAUGCAUGAUAGCCCUUGAUAAUUAUCGAAUCAUGCAUGGUAGAACAGGCUUCGAAGAAUCUGCGGACAGCAUUCGGUUUAUUGAAGGUGGAUAUGUCGAUUGGGAUGAAGCACUGUCUCGAAUGCGCGUGAUAGAGAAA